UUAGCCAUAAACCCUCACCAAAACCCCAAAAUGAUGCUUCAUCGCUUAACAGCCACAACAAUGUUCCUCUCAUCUUCUCCACCUAAACUCUUAUCCCAACUCAGACACUCCUACUCUGUUCUCUCCAACCCUUCAUCCCCAGCUCGUAUCAGCUUGAUUUGGCUCAACCACCCCCGCCGUUUCGCCACCGCCGCCGCCGCCGCCGCCGCCGCCAAGGGAGGAGACACGUUUUUCGCCGAGGAAAACGUUUCGUGGACUUCACUUGGUUUGUCCGAUAAGGUCUCUCAAGCUCUCUUCAAUGCCGGCCUCGGCCAACCCUCUCUUGUUCAGGCGGCUUGCAUACCAUCUAUACUUUCGGGGAAGGAUGUGAUUGUUGCAGCUGAAACGGGUAGUGGUAAAACGCACAGUUUUCUUGUCCCUAUAAUCGAUAAGCUUUGUAAUGGGCAAGAAGAGUCUGGGAAUGCUGCUGAGGAUUCUGAUCAAGGAGUGUCCUCGGUCCGAAAGAUUUCUCUGGUACUUUGUCCAAAUGUAACGCUUUGCGAUCAAGUGGUUCGAAUGGCCAAUGGUCUUUGUGGAGAAAAUGGUGAACCCCUUCUGAGAGCCACAUCACUUUGUGGUCGACAGGGCUGGCCAGUUAAUGAUCCUGAUAUUGUUGUUUCAACACCUGCGGCUCUUCUGAAUAAUAUUGACCCAAACAAAUAUAAGUUUCGUCGCAUGGAGUUUACACGGCGUGUAAAAUAUGUGGUGUUUGAUGAAGCAGAUAUGCUUCUCAAUGGGGGUUACCAAAAUAAGGUUAUUCGUCUCAUAAACUUUCUCCGGUUUGAUGAAAAGCUGUUGUCCCGCUCAAAUGGAUCUAAUGGAUCUGCAUCAGAGUUGCCAUUGGACUUGGAAUCUGAAAGUUCAUUGCAUUUUAGUUCGGAAGAUGAAGAAGAUAUAGAGACCGAAGCUGUCUCAGAAGACGAGGAAAACUUUGAAGAUGAUGUUGAUGAUUCACCUGAGGCUGGGACUGGGAAGGUCAAAUAUAGAGACUGGAGAAGAGUGAGAAAAACUUAUACGCGCAGUAAGCAGUACAUAUUUGUCGCAGCCACUCUUCCAUCAAAUGGGAAGAGAACUGCCGGGGCAGUGUUGAAAAAAAUGUUUACAGAUGCCAUUUGGGUUAACGGAAACUACCUCCAUUGUCACAAUCCCAGAUUAAAGCAAAGGUGGAUUGAAACAACAUUUGAUACUCAGGUGGAUGAACUUAUAAAGGCUGUGAAUCAUGGAUUUAAAUCCAGAUCGGUGGAAUAUGAUUCUGGUCAAUGCCGCACAAUGGUAUUUGCAAAUACUGUUGAUGCUGUGGAAUCAGUGGCUAAAAUAUUGACGAGUGCUGGGAUUGAAUGCUACCUUUACCAUAAAGACUGCUCCUUGGAAGACCGUGCAAAGACAUUGGUUGAUUUCCAAGAGAAAGGUGGAAUUCUUGUUUGCACUGAUGCUGCUGCACGUGGUAUUGACAUUCCAAAUGUAUCACAUGUUAUUCAGGCAGACUUUGCUACUUCUGCUGUAGAUUUUAUACACAGGGUUGGUCGCACAGCUAGAGCUGGUCAGUAUGGACUUGUAACUAGUAUGUAUAAUGAAUCCAACCGGGAUUUGGUUGCUGCAGUUCGUCGAUCAGGGGAACUUGAUAUGCCUGUGGAGACAGCAUUUAGCAGGAAAAGAAGUUUUCGGAAUAAGAUUAAGAAGAGAGCGGCUUUGAAAAGAAUCACGGACUCAUCAGCUGCCGAAAAGAGGGCUCUAGCAUAGACUGGUUCGGCAAAAUUUAGAUGUGUAAGAGGAUGUUCCAGUAUAAAAGCUUGGUUAGGAGGAAAUCCAUGUGUAAAGAAGCAUGCACUGAUGAUCUUUAUAAAAGUCAACUGUUUUCAUAACGAUUUAGAGCUUCUAACUUGAUGUAUCAUUUUU